AUGGAAGACUUAGUAGAAAGUGAUGUAACACCACUUAUUGAACACUUACUCGUGAAAGUCAUACCAGUAUGCCCCGAUGGAAUGAGUCGAUCGCAAGCUAUCACUUCCGGUAGGUGUUGAUUAUGCUGGGAAGAGCAGCAAUGGUGAAGAAGUAGCUGGUUGCAUUCAAAGCCGGGUUCGCCAGUUACAAAUCUCUUUACGAUUUUUGCAGAUCCUAACUGAAACUGAGAGAAACAUUGUAACUCUGAUGGGACUCUUUGUGCAAGUAAUUGUAAUGGUAAGUAGAGUAGAUAUAAUGCCAUUGAAGGCCAUUAAGUGAUGACAAAAAUAGAAAUGUUUAGAAGGAUAUGAGUAGCUAAUGGGCUAAUAAUCCAAAAUGACCUAUUGUUCUCAUUAUUCAUAUAAUUUAGUUAAACACACUUAUUCUUAGAAGUUCUUUUAAUUGUGUUAUUGUUUUAGAAUGAGAGUGUUUGUGUUGGCAUAUAGCAAGAAUCAAGAGAGCCAUAUGGGUUGGCAUAUAUUGGUGACUCAAGCCCAAAUGGUGGAAUUCUGAAAGUAAGCCUCGAGAGUUGUGAAGUUACUGUCUGUAGUAUGCAAUGGCCCUGUCAAUUGUAACACUGUUCAUGGAAUUGCCAUGAAUAAUGAUGGCAAGAUAUAUUUCACUGACGGAGAAAGCAGGAAGUUGGCAGAAAUUCUCAAUAACGAAGUUACUGUAAUCGCAGGAUGCGAAAGUGAUGGAUCAAACUCAAGCUCUUGCGCUUUGUUCUCUCAACCCACCACCCUUUGUGUCAAAGAAAACACUCUAUAUGUAGCAGAUACCUUGGUUAUAGCGAUUCAAACGGUUACCCCAUGUGAAGAAAUGUGCAAAUCCUUGAAGGAAUUCAAUGCAUUAUAUCAAGUGUUUGGUGUGCACUUGAAAAAGAAGAAAGCAGAAUGGUACUUGUUGGAAGAACCAAUACCUCCACUCGAACGUCUGUACGACUUUUGCACCUCGUGGAUCGAGGACGUUCAGCAAUGUAUGCGAAAGGAGUGUGUCACCCAAGGACCAGAAGGAACUGUGUCAAGGAAAAGUGUUCACAGUUUGGAGCUAAUGAUUUUGUCACUGAAGAGAAUUCAGGAAUCAUCAACAAACUGCCUGUGGAUUUCACUAUUACACUGCUGA